UUAAAAUUAUGAAAACAAACACAGGACUAGAUCUAGAUCUAGAUCUAGAAUAUUACAAAUUAAAACUUAAAACUAUUAAUUUUCCAAAAUAAUUUGUCUAAUGGCUUAUAUGUUAGUUUAAUACUAUGGCAACAAAAAACGGGAAGAUAAAACAAUUUUUGAUUACAGGUUCUCCUGGAAUAGGAAAAACAAGUUUGAUUAAAAAGAUUGUUGAAGCUUUAAAGACAAAACAAAUAAGAUGUUCAGGAUUUUUUACUGAAGAAAUUCGCUCAGGUGGACUUAGAAUAGGAUUUGAUGUUGUAACCCUUGAUAACCAGCGCUCAGCUUUGGCUCGCAUUAACAAUGACGCUGACAAUACAACUGUUCGAACAAGAGAAUACAAAGUUGGCCAGUACACAGUAAACUUGACCUCAUUUGAACAAACAGCUUUGAUAACUCUGCAACCUCCAGCCAAAGAUCAACACAGUACAUUCCUUUACAUUGUUGAUGAAGUUGGCAAGAUGGAGUUGUUCAGCCAGAGAUUUGUGCAGGCUGUUCAAAAACUGAUGUCAGUGCCUAAUGCGAUUAUGAUAGCAACAAUACCAGUUGCUCGGGGUAAAACAAUUGCUUUAGUUGAAGAAUUAAAGAAGAAACCCAAUUCUCAGUUAUUUGAGGUAACUCACCAAAACAGAGAUGGGAUAUUAACUGAAGUUAUGACUGCAAUAGAGGUUUCUUUGUCAUCAUUAAACAAUUGAACAU